AUGGUUACCGAAACCGUCACACUCAACACUAAGAGCAUUGAUGCGCCAGCACAGUCCCAAUAUCCACGCAAAACCCUAAAGCUGAAAGGCGUGCUCGACCAGUACGAAUCGUUCGAUAUGACUCCAGUAAUCGGUCGCGAGUUUGUCGAUGUCAACUUGGAAGAGUGGCUUGAAGCAUCUAAUUCUGAUGAGUUGGUUCGAGAUCCUGCCAUCACCAUUUCACAGCGUAGUGUAUUCUUCUUCCGCAAGCAAGACGAUCUCAACAACGACCUCCAGAAGCAACUUGCACAAAGUUUGGACACACUCUGGGCCUCAGGAUAUGACUUGUACGACCGCCUCUCGCCACCUUACCAGAAGUUCUUCGAGGGCCUCACUGCCACAUAUGCGCAACCUGGGUUCAACCUCGCCGUGAAAGAGAACGGGAUCGAUCUGUACAACAAGCCUAGAGGUGCCCCUGAGAACGUGGGAACUGAGUGGAUUGCCGAGCACCCUGCCAUCCGAACGAACCCCGUGACAAGCUGGAAGUCAAUUUUCGCUGUUGGUCACCACGUUCAGCAGAUCAAGGGCCUCACCAAGGAAGAGAGCCAACAUGCGCUGGACUUGUUCGUGCAGUUAAUUAGGUGGCAGAACGCGAACGAUCUUGCUAUAUGGGACAACAGGAGUGUGCAUCAUACCGCGACUGUCGACUACAAGGGACUGGGUCUAAGGACUGAACAGUGA